GGAUGCGAUGGCUCCUCUGAAAGGGACACGACGCCAGCGGCUGCUGCUUCUCGCCUUUUUCCUCCCGGUCUCAGGUGUUUUUAGCUUCAGCGAGUUAUUUUUCGUCAAAGAGCCCCAUGAUGUCACCGUCAUGCGGAAGGAGGCGGUUAUUUUGGACUGCCAGGCGCGCGGAGAGGCGUCGAUCGACGUCAGGUGGCUCAGGAACGGAGUGAAAGUCGUGGAAAAUGAACGGGUCUACCUGCUUUCCAACGGCUCCCUUUUUAUUUCGGAGGUGGAAAGCAGAAGAGGAGACAAAUCAGACGAAGGCUGCUAUCAGUGCCUUGCUCAAAACAAGUACGGAACAAUCCUGAGCCAGAAAGCCCAUCUCACAAUCGCAAGUAUGUCAUCUUUUGCACUCCAGCCGUCGUCCGUAGUGGUGGCCGAGGGCUCGGUUGCCAGGUUUUCCUGUAAAAUCAGUUCCCACCCGCCUCCCAUCAUCACUUGGGAGUUCAACCGGGUCACGUUACCCCUCUCCACUGACAGAAUCACAGUCCUGCCCAGCGGCGUUCUUCAGAUCCAAGGCGUGCAGCGAGGAGAUGCUGGGCACUACCGCUGCAUAGCCACCAACAUCGCCAGCCGGCGGCGAAGCAUCGAAGCCACUCUCACUGUAACCCCAGCUCCUGGCCCCAUUCCUCCUCAGAGGCCGCGCAUCAUUGCUGGGCCUCAGAACGUCUCCGUAUCGCUGCACCAGAGUGCCAUCCUGGAGUGCCUGGCCACAGGAAGUCCCCGACCGCUGAUCUCCUGGAGCCGCGCAGACAGCAAGUCUAUUGAUGUUUACAACACCAAAGUGUUGGGCAAUGGGAACCUCAUCAUCACAGACAUCAAGCCCCAACAUGGCGGAGUCUACAUGUGCAGAGCCACCACUCCAGGCACACGCAAUUUCACCGUCGCUUCAGCUAACGUCACAGUGCUAGCCCCUCCAUCCUUCGUGGAGUGGCCAGAGAGCUUGACCCGUCCGCGCGCUGGCACCGCUCGCUUUGUGUGCCAAGCCGAGGGAGCGCCAGCGCCUCAGAUAACGUGGUUCAAGAACGGAGAGAAAGUUCACUCCAACGGGCGCAUCAAGAUGUACCACAGCAAACUGGUCAUCAACCAGAUCAUCCUGGAAGACGACGCCAUUUAUCAGUGCCAGGCAGAGAACGAGCUGGGCUCGGUUCUGUCCAUGGCCAGGCUCAUCGUGGUGAUGUCAGAGGACCGACCGAGCGCGCCCAGAAACAUCCGAGCUGACACCGUGUCCAGCUCCGCCAUCCUCUUGGCUUGGGACAGACCUCAGUACAACUCUGAUAAAGUUAUUGCAUAUUCUGUGCACUACAUGAAAGCUGAAGGAUUAAACAACGAGGAAUAUCAAGUAGUCAUCGGAAACGAUACGACUCGCUACAUUAUUGAUGAUCUGGAGCCGGCUCGUAACUACACCUUCUACGUGGUGGCCUACAUGCCCAUGGGAGCCAGUCGCAUGUCGGACCACGUGUUCCAGCACACGCUGGAGGACGUUCCUCUCCGGGCGCCGGAGAUCAGCCUGACCAGCCGCAGCCCCACAGACAUUCAGGUGACAUGGCAACCUCUUCCAAUGAAGCUGAGUCGUGGGCGAGUUUCGAGCUACCGCCUGUCCUACCGCACCAGUUCGGAGAGCGCGGUGUCACAGAUAGAGCUGCCUGGAGAGAAGACCCAACAUCUCCUGGAAAGCCUGCAGCCGGACACCAUCUACCUUGUGCGACUUGUGGCUGCCACCGGUGUAGGGUGGGGAGAGCAGUCCGCUUGGACGUCUCACCGCACCCCAAAGGCAUCGAGCGCUCAAGUUCCUCUUGCUCCUGAGUUGUACCUGGAGCCUCUGAACUGCACCACCAUUUCAGCCCGCUGGCAUCUGACGCCCAGAAACUCGGCCAGCGUUCGCGGCUACAGGCUCUUCUACCACGAGGAAAGUCAGCCGGAAAGCGCUCCACUCCAGCUGCAGGCCUCCGCUCACAAACACACCAUUGAGGGCCUUGACCCAAGAAAGAAGUAUCAUGUCAAGCUCCUGGCUUACAACGCUGUAGGAGAUGGGUACCAAGCAGAUCAGACCAUCAGCACCCCUGGAUGUGUCUCUGUCCGAGAUCGCCUGGUGCCGCCUCCACCGCCUCCUCACAACGUGCAGGCCCGGACCAACAGCUCCUCGGCCGUGUUCCUGUUCUGGGGCCGACCGGCCUUCACCUCCAGCCAGGCGCUGAACUACACCGUCCGCUGCAACCCAGUAGGACUGCAGAACGCUUCCCUGGUUCUCUACCUGCAAACAGGUGAACAGAGCCUUCUUGUGCGUGACCUCGAGCCAAACACCAAGUAUGAAUUUGCUGUACGCCUUCAUAUCGACCAGCUCUCCAGCCCCUGGAGCCCUGUGGUCUAUCAAAACACUUUCCCUGAAGCUCCAACAUUACCUCCUUCCAACAUCAAAGUGACGCUGAUUGAAGAAGACACGGCGCUCGUUUCAUGGAAACUCCCAGAUGAGCCAAAUGUAGCUGUAACACACUACACCAUACUGUACGCCUCACGAAAUGCCUGGAUUGCUGGUAAAUGGCAAGUCCUGCAAAGAGAAGGAAGCAUCACCAUGGCGCUGCUGGAGAACCUGAGUCCAGGCCAGGUUUACUUGGUAAAAGUUUCAGCCUCCAACAACAUGGGCGACGGGCCGUUUUCUAACGUGGUGGAGCUGACGGUAAGAGCGGAUCUCUCCUCCGGUCAUGAUGCCGGACCUUCCCGCGGCUCCACACACUCCACAGGCUUUUCUGAUGGCUUCUACCACCUGGACCAAAAGUCAAUGACGGGGAUCAGCGUGGGCGUCUGCAUUGCUCUCACCUGCAUCAUCAUCUGCGCUUUCAUCAUAGUCUGCAGAGGCAAAAACAGGAAACUAUCGGCUGUGAAAACGUACGGAGACGGGGAAAGCACGUCUGCUUCAUCUGCAAUACAUGUCGGACCGGAGGGAGACGUGCAGAUGGCCGAAGUGAACGUACCGAUGAUGAGUCGACAUUUCAUUGAUGCAAAGGGUGGAACCAGCCUGAUCAUAAAUUCUAACGGCCCUGUUCAGCCCAGCCCAGAUUUAAAGAAGAAGAAGAAGAAAUGGUCUUUCUUUAGAAGCGCAGUGAAACAGGACAGAAAAAUUGUGCAAAACGAGACAAACGGCUCACUUUCUUACCUGCCUGGGGCCACCGUGUUGACCUACGAAGAGGAGCUUUCUCCAAACCACCCUGCCACUCUCCAGCACCUGCUGGGGCAUCCUGCUGACGCAGAGGGCUCGUCCAACAGCGAGGGCAGCCACGAAACGGGCGACUCGGGGCGCUUCUCCCAUGACGACACGGCGCUGACCAACUCUGGUCCCAACAGCCGCCCGCCGUCUCUGACGGAGGAGGACGGAGGAGGCUCUGACCGUGGCGGGGAGCUGCUGGAGAAGAGUCCCGCUGACCUCAAGCUGAAGGAGACUGUCGAAGCCAGCUGCAGCCAUCAGCGUGAACUCAGUGUGUAGCUGCUGCUGCUGCGCGUUUGGAUGCAGGUGUGAGUGUGUUUCAGGAAGAAAGGGAGUGAAAUUCAAUCAGGCAUCUUACAGCAGGUGAAAAGCAGGUUUACAUGCUUACGCCACAUCUGGAUUAUUUGGUGAUUAGAAACUAA